UCGUGCGCCGCCAUCCUCUGCUCCUCCGGCACCACGGGGCCGCCCAAGGGCGUCAUGCUCUCACACCGGGGGCUGCUCACCUUGACUGUCGCCUUCGGGAAAAUGUUUGCACAGUUUGCCACAUCGAGUGACCGACGUCCAGAGGCCAUGAUAUCGACGUCGCCGACUUUCUGGGCGUCUGGGCUUGUAAUGCCAUUGUAUGCCCUUCACCUUGGGAAGACGGCCUGCAUACUUCCCAGCUUCGACGAGGAUACGGUAGCACGCGUCUUGGCCGAGUACAACAUUUCGAGCUUGUUCAUGCCUCCAAACUUGGCAGUGACUAUUGCCAAGAACCCCCAAAGUCCCGUCCGAAAGAUGCUGCACCACAUCAAAAUCUUAUCAGUUGGAGGGGCUGUAAUGGACGCAGAGACUCAGCUAUUCGUUGAAAAGGAGCUUGGUAAGCGGGUCAGCCAGGGGUAUGGCAUGACAGAAGCAAUUGUCAUCAUGGGUGCUCAACCCGGUAGUGAUCCUCCACCAGGUUCCUCUGGAAAGCUCUUCUUCAACGUGGAGGCCAAGGUGGUGGACCUGGAGACGCAGGAGCCGGUGGGUCCCGAGCAGGAGGGCGAGCUGUGGGUGAAGUCCCCCGCGGCGGCGCUGGGCUACUGUAACAACCCGGAGGCGACUGCCGCUGCCUGGGACAAAGAAGGCUGGUUCCACACGGGGGACGUCGUGCGCUACGACCGCGACGGCUACUUCUACGUCGUGGACCGCGUCAAGCAGCUCAUCAAGUUCAGGGGACACCACGUGCUGUCGCCGCAGCUGGAGAACCUGCUGAUGUCGCACCCCAGCGUGCAGCUGGCCGCCGUGGUGGGGAAGCCGCACCCCACCGACCAGGAGCACCCCACCGCCUUUGUCGUGCUGCGGCCCGGAGCCUCCGCCACCACUGAGGAGCUGCAGCGGCUGGUAGAUGAUAAGGUGGCGGACCACAAGAAGCUGCGAGGCGGGGUAAGGAUCGUGGGGGAGCUGCCGCACACGGCCAGCGGCAAGGUGGCCAAGAGGGUCCUCAGGAGGUGGGCGGCGGGCGGCCAGUAGGAGCACAGGCCACAUGUGCGCUCGUUCAACCCUCAAAGGGCUCUCUAAUGUCGAAGAAGCAUCAACGAAACCAAAGCUCACUCUUAAAAUUAAAUACUCCAUUUCUCUUCUUCGUAGUUUCAGUUUUCGUGUUGAACUACUUUGAUUCAUUAUAUUUUUAAUUCUUUACAGAUUUUUUACUUUAUUUUGUGUAGUAUAGUUCGCUCAGC